AUUGUCAGUUUGCAGUCGUUGACAGAAGUGAAAAUGUUUUAACACAAAAACAAAUCCGACAAAAAUAUACUUUUUAGAUUUGUUGCUAGAAACGGUCCCGCAUCCAAUUAUCCCGUUGCGUAACCGCACAUUUAGUCAAGGAACAAGUCUAAGAAUUAUAUUUUGUGCGAUUUUUCAAUACAUAAUGGGAGACCAAGGCGUCGAUCCGUGUGAGUGCAUUUGGGGCCACGAAAUGGCGAUGAGACGCUUAUUAAAUUUGCUAAGAAACUCCCAAUCCUAUUGUACAGAUACUACAUGCUUCGACGACGGUACAACACCAAACACAGGACAAAAUGAUAACUUUAUGCUUAUGGGAUUAAUGUUUGUUGCCGCUUUGUUGCUGUGUUAUUUUCGGCCGACAUCUCAAAGAGUAAAUGAUUCGCUCACAAAACCAAACAAUGGAAAUGACUCAAAUGGUUCGCCGCCUACUCCACCAGCUGUAAAUUAAUAGGCCGCAUAAAAUGCCAAACUUAACUUGAAUAACAGGUUUUGACACUAAUAACAUAUACGUGUUUAAUAAUAUUUGAAAAAAUCUAUCUUAGCAGGACUAAGAAAUGAGCUAUUAAGAAUUCUCACUAUUAUGCAUUUUUAUCUUUAUAUCUUUAGUUUUAUUGGUUUAGGGUAUAUUUAUGUGUGAAUAUAUUAAUUAUUGUUUGGUUUCACUUGUGAAUUUCAUUUGAUUAUAAUAUUUAUGAUAUACAUUCCUAAGCACUUGACUUGUACUAAAAAGCAAUAUUUUUGAAUUUGUUGAAUCCAAACAAAUGUGCUCAAGGCUUUAUUUCUCUAGUGUACAUAACUUAUCAAUUUUAUUAAUUCUAACACUUCAAUUAUAGUAAUAAAUGUAUUAUAUUUUAAUAAA